UUGUACAACUGACACGUGAAUGUCAGCUUAGUAAUCAAAUAUGUACUGAAGUUAAUUAAUUUAUGAAAUUAUUUAAAUACAUUUUACAAAAUCCUUUAAUAAGAAGUGUUAGCGCAACUCACAUUACUCCAACUACAUCAAUUUUGAGACGUACAACAAUGGAUACUCCACAAUUUGAAAUACUACCAUCACCCAUUCAGGGCGAAAGCGAUGAAAAAGAGUAUAGGGUAAUAAAAUUAAAAAACAAUUUGGUAGCUUGCUUAAUAUCCGACAAAGCACCUAUUUCCAAAGAAGAGAUGGACAUGGACGAAUCUGGAAGCGAGUCCGACAACAAAAUAUCAGAUUCAGAAUCUGAUUCUGAAUGUAGUGAUAGUUCUUCUGAGGCUGGUGAAACCACUUCCACUCCAGAUCAGAAGAUGGCUGCGGCUGCACUUUGUAUUGGUGUAGGAAGUUUUAGUGAUCCCAAGGAAGUUCCAGGUAUGGCUCAUUUUUUGGAACACAUGGUUUUUAUGGGUAGUGAAAAAUUUCCAGCAGAAAAUGAUUUCGAUUCGUUCAUAAAGAAAUGUGGUGGUACUGACAAUGCCUCAACAGACAUGGAAACAACUUGUUAUUAUUUCGAGUGUCUUGAAAAACGUUUACACGAAGCACUAGAUAAAUUUGCUCAAUUCUUUAUUUCCCCUUUAAUGAAGAAAGGGGCAAUGACAAGGGAAAGAGAGGCUAUAGAGUCUGAAUUUCAAAUGGCAUUGCCUUCAGAUCCACACAGAAGAGAACAACUACUCCUUCAAUUGGCCAAGCCUGAAUCUCCUGUUAAUGCAUUUGGUUGGGGUAAUUUAAAGACUUUAAGAGAUGAUAUCAGUGAUGAUAAGUUGUAUGAGGGAGUGCAUGCUUUUCGGAAAAGGCAUUACUCUGCUCAUAGAAUGACUUUGGCUAUUCAAGCAAGGCUGCCCUUGGAUACUCUCCAGGAAUAUGUAGUGGAGUGCUUCUCCAAUGUCCCAAACAAUCAUUUAGAUAAAGAUGAUUUCAGUGCCUUUAAAGAAGGUGUAUUCGACACUCCAGAAUUUAAUAGAAUUUACUACAUCAAACCAUUACAGCAGCUGAUUAAGGUAGAUUUAAAUUGGAGUUUACCAUCACUCAAACAUAUGUACAAAAGUAAACCAAUGGGUUAUGUGUCCAGUCUUUUAGGAGAUGAGGGGAAAGGGAGUUUGUUGUCUUAUUUAAAGAGCAAGUCAUGGGCAACUUCAAUACAAGCAGGAAAUGAAGAUUCAGGAGGUGAGCAUAAUUCUAUGUAUGCUAUAUUCAAUGUAUCCAUAGGUUUAACCGAAAACGGUUUAGUUCACAUAUACAACGUCAUUGAAGCAGUAUUCUCAUACAUUAAUAUGCUCAGAAAUGUUGGCCCUCAGAGGAGACUUUUCGAUGAACAAAAAUUAAUAGCAGACACUACUUUUAGAUUUGCCUCAGAGCAAACUCCGGUUGAUAAUGUAGAAAAUUUGUGUGAAGCUAUGCAAUUUUAUCCGCCAGAGGAUUAUUUGGCUGGAUCUGAACUCUUCUAUGAAUAUGAUCCGAAGGCUAUUACAAUGGUCACUGACUCUUUAGUGCCCAAAAAAGUUAAUAUUAUGAUCACCACUAAAGAUCUACCAAAAGGUUUAGUGUUUGAUAAAACUGAAAAAUGGUUUAAGGCUGAAUAUACCUCCAUAGAAAUUCCUAAAGAUCGUAUAACACAAUGGGAAACUGUUAAACCUUACCCAGAACUAAACAUUCCUCCCGUCAAUCCAUAUUUGUCGACCAAUUUCUCACUAUUACCGAAAUCACCCAAACAUCCUGACUAUCCUCAGAAAAUCAUGGAUACUCCCAAGUUCGAGAUGUGGUACAGAAAAGACGAGAAGUUCAAACUGCCAAUGGCAUAUUAUCAUUUUUAUUUAAUCAAUCCAAGUACUCUAGAGUCUGCCAAAAGUUUAGUUUUAACAGAAAUGUUUAUGAAUCUCUUAAGUUUUGCUAUAGGAGAAGAAGUCUAUCCAGCAAAUAUGGCCAAUAUACAACACCAAUUCACCUGUGAGGAAAAAGGCAUUGUGAUAAAAAUAGGCGGUUUCAACGAGAAAAUUCCGAAUUUGAUCGAGGUCGUAGCAAAAUACGUCAAAAAUCUACAAAACUAUAUUAAUGAAUGCAUGUUCCUAGUGAUCAAAGAAACGAUGUUAAAAUACUAUUUCAAUAAAAUACUCAAACCAGCCAAUCUGGCAAAAGAUACUCGCCUGAAGUUGCUUAUUGGACAGUAUUUUGCCCCAGUUGACAAAUACGGUGCACUGCUCGAUAUCACUUAUGCAGACGUGCAAGAAUUUAUUCAUAAGUACAUCAAGAAUUUCUACGUUAAAGCUCUAGUUCAAGGAAACGUUUUGCCAGAAGUUGCUUCUGACACUAUUAAAACAUUUGUUAAUACCUUAAACUACGAUCCACUUCCCCAAAACCAGUAUCCAGCUCUUGUUGUAGCUCAAAUACCUUUAGGAGAAAAAUGUUUGAAAGUCGAAUCAUUUAAUAAACGUGACUCCAACUCUAUCACUGCCAACUAUUACCAAGUAGGUCCGUAUUCGCUAAAAGAUAGUGUGAUGAUAGACAUAAUAAUGUUCAUAAUUGAAGAACCUUUGUUCGAUAUACUACGAACAAAGGAACAACUAGGUUACCAUGUUUACUGUGCCUUAAGGGAUACUUACGGCGUUUUGGGAUAUUCCAUCACCGUUAAUUCCCAAGCCAACAAAUUUACAACGCAACAUCUAGACAACAGAAUAGAGGAGUUUUUGAAACACACCGAAACAAUAAUAGAAAAGAGUUCACAAAAAGAAUACGAAGAAAUGAAACAAGGAUUAAUUGAAACUAAGGAAAUAGUCGAUUCUCAUUUAAAAGAAGAAGUAGACCGAAAUUGGACGGAGAUCGUAAAUGACGAUUACAUGUUUGACCGGUCUAAGCAAGAAAUCGAGGAGAUUAAGCAGAUACUUCAGGAGGACGUGAAGAACUGGUGGAAUAGGCACAACUAUUUUGGAACAAAGAGCAGUUUUAGAAAAAUCAGCGUUCAAGUGGUCGGCCACGUUCCGGACGACGCUUCUAAAGGGGAACCUGUUGAGUCCAGCUUCACCAAGAAAAUUGAGUUAACAAUUUUAGAUAACGAAAUAGUCGAGGCAAAAGGUCCUGAUUAUUUUAUUAGCAACAUCGACCAAUUUAGAUCAAAAUUGCAGUUAUAUCCUGCAAGGGUAAAAAAAUGAAAACGUAUUUAGGUCUUUUCGAAAAGCAAAUUUUUAUACAGUUGUUUACUAUUUAUUGUUUAUAUAAAUAAAGUCUAGCAACAAAA